UUGAACAUCCAAAACCUUCCCCCGUCUUCGUACCGCCCCUCCUAAAUCCGACAGGAGUUACUAAACUCGACAUUCAGUUUCACGUCUCGCACAGAGUCGCAUCUCUUGGGGUAUCAGUUACAACAACUUUCAUGCACAGAGUAAACAACCCGGAGGAAAGAUGGAAAAGGGAGCAAAGCCAACGAACGAAAGAGGAAGUUGAACAGGACCAGCAGCCCCGAGGAUUAAGCGAAGUCUGACCCACGCUGUGCAGUUUGGAACUCAUACACCACUAUAAUAUAGUCCUGAUAAGAGAAAGCUAAAAAAAAAAAAACACGAAUAAAGAAACACGCUCCGGAAUUCGAAUCUGUGGAGAAGUGUCAUUGAGACUGGGGUGCAUUUAGCAACGCUUGUUAUGAGGAGGUGAAGGGAACUGUCGCAGUUCGUAAAACGUCUGGUAUUCACUCGAGAGACCCAGAUGAUGGAUUAAUUGAGUUGAAAAAAAGAGCGACUGAUCUUCAUCGCCUGUCUGCCCGCAGUCAUCACUCAAAGUGCGAAAAAGACAACCAACCUAGCAGUGGAUUUUACCUUUUCUAAGCAGUUUUCACCCACUCGAGAUGACAUCGGAGUAUUUGCUAAGGUCUCUGCUGAUGCUAAUUCUAGCGCUGUUCUCCGCAAAUGCUAGCAACUGGCUGUACCUGGCCAAGCUCUCCUCAGUGGGCAGCAUCUCGGAGGAGGAGACCUGCGAGAAGCUGAAGGGGCUGAUCCAGAGGCAGGUGCAGAUCUGCAAGCGCAACGUGGAGGUGAUGGACUCAGUGCGGAGAGGGGCGCAGCUGGCCAUUGACGAGUGCCAGUACCAGUUCAGGAACCGGCGCUGGAACUGCUCCACCCUGGACACUCUGCCUGUUUUCGGGAAGGUGGUCACGCAGGGGACCCGGGAGGCCGCCUUCGUGUACGCCAUCUCCUCGGCGGGCGUGGCCUUCGCCGUGACCCGGGCCUGCAGCAGCGGGGAGCUGGAGAAGUGCGGGUGCGACCGCACUGUCCACGGCGUGAGCCCGGAGGGUUUUCAGUGGUCAGGCUGCUCUGACAAUAUUGCCUAUGGAGUGGCUUUUUCCCAAUCGUUUGUUGAUGUCCGGGAAAGAAGUAAAGGAUCAUCAUCAAGCCGGGCAUUGAUGAAUCUCCACAACAAUGAAGCCGGGAGAAAGGCCAUCCUGAAUAACAUGCGGGUGGAGUGUAAGUGCCACGGCGUGUCGGGCUCCUGCGAGGUGAAGACCUGCUGGAAGGCCAUGCCGCCCUUCCGCAAGGUGGGCAACGUGCUGAAGGAGAAGUUCGACGGGGCCACCGAGGUGGAGCAGCGCAAGAUCGGCACCACCAAGGUGCUGGUGCCCAAGAACUCGCAGUUCAAGCCCCACACCGACGAGGACCUGGUGUACCUGGACUCCAGCCCGGACUUCUGCGACCACGACCUGAAGAAUGGGGUGCUGGGGACCGCCGGGCGGCACUGCAACAAGACCUCCAAGGCCAUCGACGGGUGCGAGCUGAUGUGCUGCGGCCGGGGCUUCCACACGGAGGAGGUGGAGGUGGUGGACAGGUGUAGCUGCAAGUUCCACUGGUGCUGCUACGUCAAGUGCAAGCAGUGCCGGAAACAGGUGGAGCUGCACACGUGCCGGUGACUGGGGGGGACUGGGGCUUCACCAGGGUGUGAGCCGGACUGGACAGGAGGAGUCCCCCCGCGAUCCCAGCCAGGAAGAGCCGUAGAAAAAACAUGUGUACACGGGGAGUAAAAAUAUAUAUAUUUUCUAAUUUAAAAGUCCCAAAGGAUUGUCGGUUUUAUUUUUUUUAUGUUGUCUUUAAUUUAUUGGGAUUAAGGUGGGAGAGGAACUUAAGGUACCGUCGCUGCUGAGAGAGGGGUGAUGAUUUCGCAGGGGGGGGAAGGGGCAGGAGCGGUACUUAUCUCUCUGUUACUGAUGCUGCUUUUGGGACCCGUUUGGGAGAGAAGGACUCCGGGGGAAGUGGGGUGGGGGGGGAGCCAAGGAGGACAGGCCAUUGAGGAAACUCACGGUUUGUGGGCCGAGUGUACAUUUUCAUCGAGACGCAGAAGAAAGGUACACAAGGUGGACACGGCCUUUGGAAAUUUUCUGAACAGCGUGGCGCUGCUGAACUGGAGAAAUGAGUACGGAACAAUGUAAAGAAUAUUUACCGUCUUCCACACUUCACAGAGUCUUUCUUCCUUCUUCAGAAAUGACACAAUACUCAGACAUUAAGUGGCUUUUUCUACAGCAAGGACUACUGUGUCAGUUCCACAGCUAUUUCACUGUAGUUGGUUUAAGCUGACAAAGGAAAAUAAAUGUACCAAAUGCUUAAGAUCCUUCAGUCGUUUUAUCUGUCUGGAUGUGUGAAUUCUGGUAGCAAUCAGAGCAUUGCUCCUCUCAGUGGCAGAAAGAAGGAAGUCUUCACUUGAAAGUGGAGGGAUUGGAGUUGAAACGCUGUAUACAAUAACUGAGGCACUUUUCCUUUUCCAGACGCACAUACCCCAACAAAAUCUCCCGUGUUCUUUUAACAUUGUCAGUUCCAGUAAUGUGGGGAGGAGUGACUUCAUUAUUUAUGGCGACAUGUAUGACAACCAGAAUUCCAUAAUUUCUCUAGUAAAUUUUUACAUUAUACUGUUAAAAAUAGCUCUGUAAAAGAAUUAUACACUGAAGAAGCCUAUAUUACAUAUGAAUGUAUGUUAAAUUGAAAUAUAUGUUGUGUCGAAAAAAAAUUGUUGUCGUAUUUCCUUGAAUUUCAGCUGUGACAAGAGUGACUGUGGGCUAAUAGUGAAACAGAGUACUUUAUCCAUCUUUGUAACUAUAUCCUGUUGUGUCUUGUUUGACUGUUGUUUCUGCUUUCUGCUUUGACUAUUCUUUAUAAUAUUUUAUUGCCCAUGCAAGAACACUUUUAAGAAGCUGGGUGUCUAUUGAUGAUUUAUCCAUUAUGACUCAUUGUAGCUGAACCUCCUGGUUUUCUCUUCUUCAUGUAUUGCUGCAGGAAUAAUUGCGACUCACCAGUGACUGAUUCCACUUUGCAUCCCAACUCUCUUUAAAUCAUUUGUAGAUUCCUUGCUUUUUUUAGUGCUUUUCUUCCCGGAGGAUGUUAAUCCUCUUUACGCACAGAGGAGGUGAUCCACUGAAGUGCAGGGCCCACCUGGGAGACAAGCUGAUCAGGCAGGAAAGAGAGCACGUGCUUUACAGAUUCAAUUAAAGGGCAGAUGGUGUGAUCCUAGAGUGUAAUAUAGCCAGGACACUGGGAUCAAACUGUGAUAUGUGCUCUGGCAUCUUUCAUGACCAAGUAGUCAGAAUUUCUCUUGGUUCUUCAGAAGGAUAGCACCUCCUACAACAGAGUGUAAAAUUAAGAGUUGAAUAAUCUAU